AGCCAUGUCACUGCGGAAGACAGUUCAUUUAUAAAUUUGUCGCCGUCGGUUUCAAGAAACAAAUCCUCCCCGAUACGCAACGUUUCGGUUAAGAGCCACGUGCGCCUACUAAAUUAAUAAAAUCCUUUUCAACGGACAAAACGUAAAGGCUACGAAAUUCAAAAAAAUAUCUUUAAUUGGUCGCGAUUCGCAGAGAGCAGUUUACAUUGUCGCUUGAAGGAUAUACCCGCCCCGCCCAACGAACUACAACACAAAAAAUAUGUUCCGCUUUUUAGUAGUUACAACUUUAGUGGCUUUCGCUGCCAGUCAACACUAUCAUCAAAAUCCGCAAACGGCGGCAAUUAUUAGCGAACAACGCUAUCUCUCAGGUGAUGGAAAAUUUGGAGCUGCCUACGAACAGGAGGAUGGCAUUAAUUUCAAAGAAGAAACCGACGCGGAUGGUACACGUCAUGGCAGCUACAGUUACGUAGAUCCUACUGGCCAAAGACGUACGAUUUCGUACACGGCAGGCAAACACGGCUUCCAAGCUGCUGGUGAACAUUUACCUGUUGCCCCACCAGCACCACCACAGCCCAUACCACAACCUGGAUAUGCACCACAACCUCAAUAUCAACCACCAUCACAUAACGCCUAUCGUGGCGGUAAUAAUGACUAUGAUGAUGGCUCAUAUGAUCCACGUUACAAUGAUCCUGGUUUUGGUCAAAAUCAACAGCCAGCAUAUCAGCCAGCACCACAGCCACAAUAUCGUCCACCAGCACCUACCUAUAAUCCACCACCACAGCCUGCCUAUAAUCCACCACAACAACAAUAUAAUCACUACCAACCACAGCAACAACAACCACAACAACAACAGCACUACCAACACACCACACCCAAUCCACAUCGUUUCUCACCACCUGGUAAAUUGUCACUUAAUCGCACACCUGACGGUUUUACCUACAGCUUCAACAAGGUCUAGAAUAAUAAUUUAGUAUCUUGUUUAGUGUGUGAGAGAGAUAGAUUGAAAUUUUAAAUUGUUUUUAUUUUUUCUUUUUAUUAUUUUCUUUUUGCUUUUGUGUUUUUUAAUUUUAUUUUGUAAUGUAGUCGAUACUUAAGAAUUUCACAUACUCUCAUGUAACGUAACUGCCGCUAUAUACUUUCUACUAUUUUAAGAUCGCGAUCUUUUCUACUCCCACAAAUACUUUCAUUUUCUCUUUUAAUUACUCUUUAAUAUUCUCAAAUUAACUAUCUCUCAUUUAGACUUUUAUUUCAUUUUAUCUCUAAUAUCUAAUAUCUAUUUCCUAAAUAAUUUUGAUACUUCGAUUUCUCUUGUGAUAUAAAAAUUGUUGCAACAAUUCCUACACAUUACUUUUUAAUAUAUCUAUUCUUUUUUAUUAAAUCAAAUUUUUAAAAGUUUUCUUUAACUAUUAUCAAGAUAUAUAUAUCUUUAUAUAUAAUAUAUAUUAUAAUAUUAAACAAUUUUAAAUGAUUUGUAAAAAAAGAAGUGUGUGUGCUUAUUUAACGAAAA